AAAACUUGUACAUCUGACUCAGAUGAUAACUUAAAAACUUUAUUAUGAACAAAAAGUAGAUACCCCAUCACAUGAAUGAAUGUUAAAUCUCUCUCUCUCUCUUUGUUUUUCUUAUAUAUAUAUAUAUAUAUAUAUUUGUAAAGCAUAAUUAAUGCCUUGAGUUUGCUGUCUUUUCAUUUCUUCUUCUUCUUCUUCUGGUUUCUUCCUUGUGAAGUAGUGUUUCAACAAUGGAGGAUCAUUUCCAAUUCAUUGAACAACAGAAACCCAUCAUUCAAAAGGAUUUUUCGUCUUCUUCUUUACAACAAUUCGUCUCUGGAUCUUACUUUUAUGGCGAUCCAACUCUAUGGGGUUCUAUACUUCGACCUCCAAGGUCUCAAAAUUGUGGUUUUAAUGGAAACAUUGACCAAUCAAAAUCCCCAUCUUCUUCUUCCUCUUCUUCUACUCCUAAUUCUCCUUCUUCUACUUCUUCGUCUUUGUUUUCGACGGAAAAAUCUGAGAUUUCUGGUGGGAAUUUGAUCGAUAACAUUCAUGGAAUUGAAAGUAAUCUUCACCCAAAUGGACAAGCUUUUGUUCCUUUGAAUUUCUUAGAAACUUUUCCCAAACAAGAAUCCGAGUCCCUUUCUCCUUCCCCUCCUCUGUUUCAGUCUCGAAUUGAUUCAACGAAUCUUACUCUGUUUCUUCAAGAACCCACCAUUGUUGAUCCAUCCCCACAAAACCCAUUUCAAAUUCAUUCUCAAACAGGACUCCAAUGGCUGAAAAACACCCAAAAUCAGAACCGAAGCGCGGCCAUUGUUGCGGGUGCAGCGAAUAAUUAUAGCGAUUUCUGGCUGGGGGCAACGAAGACGCAACCAAUGAAACAGAUUGGAAGAAAACAGGGGAAUCAGAAAACAGAGUCGUCGGCAGUGGGAAAGUUGUUUAGAGGUGUCCGGCAACGGCACUGGGGGAAAUGGGUAGCGGAGAUUAGGCUGCCGAGGAAUCGAACGAGGGUGUGGCUUGGGACAUUCGACACAGCAGUCGAAGCCGCCGUCGCGUACGACACCGCCGCCUACAUGCUGAGGGGGGAAUUUGCACAUUUGAAUUUUCCGGAUCAGAAACACCGCCUGAAAUCAAACUCUCUGAACAGGACGACGGCGGCGCUGCUGGAGGCCAAGUUGCAAGCGAUCACACAGGGGAAUUCGGGUAGGAAAAAAAGCGUUGCGGGGACGGUAUCCACCAUUGAUUGUUCUGAGAAGGAAUUGUUGGAGGGAGAUUCAAAAGUGUUGGAUAUGAGGAAGAAGGCGUCGGAAAACGUGUGUGGGGGAUCGGAAACAGGGGAAAUGAAGAGAAAUGAAGAUGGAAAUUUGGAAAUUGAACAACACGUUCAACUCAGCAGAAUGCCAUCUUUGGAUAUGGAUAUGAUUUGGGAUGCUUUGUUAGUUUCUGAUUCAUAAAUUUCUCCUUUUUUUUCUUUCUUUUUCUUUUUCUUUUUUUUUCUUUUGCUAUUUCUUUCAUUGGCUCUUCUUUGCUAUAGAGAUUAAUGCAAUAUUUUCUUUGAAUUGAUGAUCAUUUUGUUUUGGGGGUUUUUCUUGUCUUUUUAAACCCUAUUUUAGUUUUUAGUUUUUUGUUUUUUUGUGAUAUAUCACUGUAAAUUUAUUGAGUUUGGUUUUAGUCAAUACAAUCUAUUUUUUUUAAAAAAAA